GAGGUCAAGCUGGGAUAAUUAAAGGAGUCGGUCACUAUUGGAAUAUAACAUCCGCUUUGAGGCAAAAGGCAAGGAAAAGCGGAAACAAAUCAAAGACACAGAAAAAUAUCAGAGGAGGGAGAUAAGAGUCUAAAUCGACCUCCAUCAGUGCUGACGUCCAGCGUUGGCAGAUGCGAGCAGUGUGCUCCAUCUCUCGGUAUCCAGUUCCAAUGGACCAGCUCAGCCUGUGCGGACUCUAAAUCGCUGCCCAGUCAGGAACGAGUGAAAAAAAAGCGAGCGGAGGGAGGAAAACAAUGCUAUGGCUCAUUUAUUUGCCGUGAUUUGAAGUGGGGUUCAUCUUUUUUCUUUUUUUUAAUUUCCUUUUCUUAUUCCAAGUCGCUCGAGGAAGUGUGGAGACUGCUGCCGAGAUCAAGUCCACGCAGGGAGAACGGUUUUGUCUCUGAAGGUCUAUUGUAAAACCGCCAUGGCCCUCUUGCGGUUCUCCAGACUCGUCCUAAUCAUUGUGGCCCUCAUCCCUCGACCGUCUGUGGGAUGUCCCUCUGGCUGUCGCUGCUACAGCCUCACAGUGGAGUGUGGCUCUCUUGGGACCAAAGAAAUCCCACAGGAUGUCCCCUCUGUCACCGAGACCAUAUUCCUUCAGGACAACGCUAUAGUGCAGAUUCGUCUUCAGGACCUGACUCGCCUUGGCAGCCUCCAUUACCUCUACCUUCAGAAUAAUAGCAUCUCAGCUCUGGAGCCUGGGGCGUUUCUCAGCCAGGGGAAGCUGCUGGAGCUGGCCCUCAAUGGCAACCUCAUCCACCUGGUCACCCCAGAUAUGUUUCGGGGUCUGGAGCACCUCCGGAUCCUGUACCUCGCCGGGAACCAGAUCACUAGAGUGCAGGACUACACUUUCAGGGGACUGCAGCGUCUGCAGGAACUCCACCUGCAGGAAAACAGCAUAGAGCUGCUAGCGGAGCAAGCUCUGUCUGGCUUAUCAUCUCUGGCCCUGCUAGACCUUAGCAGAAAUCAUCUCCGCACCCUGGGAGCCUCGUCCCUCAAACCGCUCGUGAGCCUGCAGGUGCUCCGUGUCACAGAAAACCCAUGGCGCUGUGAUUGUGCUCUGGGCUGGCUGAGAACCUGGAUCAGGGAAGAUGGACAGCGUCUGUUGAGCUCUGCCGAACAGCGUCGGCUGAUGUGCUCUGAACCGCCUCGCCUCUCCCACCUCAGCCUGGUGGAGGUGGCACCCAACAGCCUAGUCUGCAUCCCCCCUGUGGUGCAGCUCGAGCCCAGCCACCUGACUGUGCGACUAGGGGAGAGCCUCAGAGUCUCCUGCCAGGCUUCGGGAUACCCUCAGCCUCAGGUGACCUGGAAGAAAGCCUUGCAUGGCAAGGCCCAGUUAUCACCUCGAGGCUUAGUUCAAGAGCUGGGACCCAAUGGUGAGCUCUUCAGGCCUGGAGCUGGAGGAAUGGUGACAUCCCUGCCCAGCAGUGGAGAGAUCAAGGUUGGGGGUGUUGGAGGAAUCCAGGGACUUGUACGUGGGACGGAGGAGGGUGGCGAGAGGGACAGCUUUGAUCCAGACAUGGGCAGUGGCAUGUUGUUCCUUAGCAAUGUCACUGUAGCGCAUGCUGGCCGCUACGAGUGUGAAGCCUGGAACCCUGGUGGUGUUGCCAGAGUUACCUUUCAUCUGGCUGUCAACAUGUCUUCUUCUUCAUAUUCAUCCCAGUUCUGGCCUCGUUUGAACAUGCACUCCUUUGUUUCCUCUUCAUCUAACUCCUUUUAUCAGCCAGAGGUUCUGGAUGUUAGCCAGGAGCUGCUCUAUGAACAGGACAGCAUGGACUUCUAUGCUCUUGGCCCUACUACACAGACCGCCAUUGCAGUUGGCAUCUCCUUGCUGGCACUCACUGCCAUUCUCCUCUUGAUUAUGAUCUACACUCGUCACCAGCAGUACCGCAAAGAAGAAGGUGGCUCCUACUGUACCAGCAAGGAAGAGAGCAUCCUCUAUGUAAACGACUACUCAGACGGACCCACCACCUUUGCGCAACUGGAGGAGUACCGCGACGACCACGGCCACGAGAUGUACGUACUCAACAGAACCCAGCCUGUCCUGGGCUCCACUUCCUCCAGGUGUCCCAUGAUGAGCGGGUUUGUCCAGCAGAAGGGUAUGAAGGAGGCUCUCCUUGACCACGAAAUGGUGCAGACACUGACCAGAUCAGGGGGAAUGGGGCUUCUCAGAAACCCAGCAGAUGGAGGAGAGGGACCCUUAACAACAGACCCAGAGGACCUCUUCCUCAGUCAGAGUCUCCUCUUUGGAUCGCAGGUUGCUUACGAGAUCCACUGCUAAGGGGUUUGAAUUGUGUGCUAAUACAAACAUGAUAUGUUGAUGGACUUAAUUAAAGACAUUAAAGGAAGCCAAGUCGGUGCAAUUAUUUGAAGUAUAAGAAUAUUUUGUGGGACUCCAAAAUAGGGAAGAGUUAGUUGUGGCUAGGGGAACCUGGAUCACAAUCAGCCUCUCAGAGAUCCUUAUCUAAUUGAUUGUAUGCCAUCAAGCUGGAUCAGAGGGACAAACAUUUAACACGGAAAGUAACAACUGAACCAUACCUAUCUUCUCUGACUCAACCCUUUAAAGAUAAUUAGUGGUUAACUUUAUCUAAAACAUAGUGGCACAUGGUGGCAACUUACAAAUGUGGAUUUAACCAGUGAGUCAAAUUUUGUACUCUUCUUUAGUUUUUUUGUGUGUGUUUUGUCAGUGUUUUGUGUAAAUAUAAUGAAGCUAAUUUUCACUGUGAAGUGCAUAUGUUUUGUGGACCUUGUUGCAGAUCCCAUUACAAGUAGACCUAAACCGUUCCUCUUGCUGAAACUACAUUGUCAUUACCCAUAAGUAUGUGGGCGUGGGUGGGUGGUUUUGUUUAAAGAGGUUCAUUUUGAAUGCAGCAAAGUCUGUCUGUUUUUUUACAUUUCUACCAUGGCAUUGUAUUUCUGAUGUGAACAUGUUGUGUUGUUUGUUUUGCGACACUAGAACAAGGAAAUAACAUUUCUAUUAUCUGAAAUGGAAUUUUUAAUGGAAUUAAUUCCAUUAACAUCAGUCUGUAAAACCACUCCAAUGUGAAUAUUUUACAUUUUGUCUUCUACAUAA